AUGGCGGACCCAUCCAUGUAUCAUUCCCUCGGCCACGGAUCGGUGCCUCCUGAAGACCCCUCCGACCCAAAUCGAAUGGCUCACCAGGUUCCUCCUCCCGUUCAUCCUGCUGCCGGCUAUUCUCCCGGAGUCGUUCCUCCUCAGCCAGGAACCCCCUACGGUGCUGCGUCCCCGAAUCAAUGGCCCCCCUAUGGCGCUCCGUCCCCCUCACAACAACAUCCGCAGCAACCCCCGCAUCUGGCCGCCGCUCCCCAAUUCGGCUACAAUGCAGGCCAACAGGCUGGAAUGCCCGCUCCUACAGAUCCAUCCAUGGCAGGGUUGGCGUCUCAGAUGGGUGGAUUGGGAAUAUCGGGGACAGACGGAGGGGCUCGGACACACAAGAAGAAGCAUCGACAUGCACACCAUGACAUAGGCGGGGCCUCGGCUGCUCCGCCGUCGCCGCAGCUAUUUGCUGCAAUGCCACAAGCAGGUGUACAGCCCGCAUCGCAGUUUCUGAACACCGGCCUGAACCAAGACCCCCGGCCCAUCUCUCCAGCAGCUGGCGUGCCUCAGCCCGCUGGGUUAGGGGUUGGAGCGGGAGUGGGAGCGGGAGCUGGGGCUGUGCCGACUCAGGGCAAGAUUGACCCAGAGCAGAUCCCCAGCAUCCCGCGAUCGCGCGAUCUGCCCGCCCAGUACUACUUCAAUCAUGUCUACCCGACAAUGGAGCGGCAUCUACCUCCUCCGGCGGCCGUACCCUUUGUGGCCCACGACCAGGGCAACUCUUCUCCCAAAUUUGCUCGCCUCACGCUAAACAACAUCCCUUCAACCUCCGACUUCCUCUCCUCUACCGCAUUACCCCUCGGUAUGAUUCUGCAGCCGCUGGCACGCCUGGACCCUGGUGAGCAGCCGAUUCCUGUGCUAGAUUUCGGCGAUGCGGGACCUCCGCGAUGCCGGAGAUGCAGAACAUACAUCAAUCCCUUCAUGACAUUCAAGGCGGGAGGAAACAAGGUUAUUUGCAAUAUGUGCACAUUUCCAAACGAUGUCCCCGCUGAGUACUUUGCCCCUCUCGAUCCAUCCGGAGCUCGUAUCGACCGUAUGCAGCGUCCGGAAUUGAUGAUGGGGACAGUCGAAUUCUUAGUCCCGAAGGAUUACUGGAACAAGGAGCCCGUUGGUCUUCGUUGGCUGUUCCUCAUUGAUGUCAGUCAGGAGGCAACCACUCGCGGCUUCCUGAAGGGAGUCUGCAAGGGUAUCAGGGAAGCUCUUUAUAGCACAGACGACUCUGAAAACUCGACGGAUGAUGCUGCUUCAACGCGUCGGAUCCCUGAAGGUUCAAAGAUUGGUAUUGUCACUUAUGACAAGGAAGUGCAGUUCUACAACCUGAGUGCGCAACUUGAUCGAGCGCAGAUGAUGGUCAUGACGGAUUUAGAGGAACCCUUUGUACCCUUGAGCGAGGGACUAUUUGUGGAUCCUUAUGAAUCGAAGGACGUCAUAACUGGUCUCUUGCAACAGAUCCCAAAGCUUUUUGCCCACAGCAAGAAGCCUGAGUCGGCAUUGCUGCCCACACUCAAUGCAGCUCUCUCUGCCUUACAGGAAACUGGCGGCAAGAUCGUGUGUGCCGUUGCGACAUUGCCCUCGUCGGGCCCUGGGGCUUUGGUGCGACGGGAGGACCCCAAAAUUCAUGGCACGGAUGCGGAAAGGAAACUAUUCGCCGCGGAAAAUACCGCAUGGAGAGGGGCAGCGAGUAAAUUGGCCGGGGCCGGGGUUGGCGUGGAUAUGUUUAUUGCGGCCCCUAACGGGACGUAUUUAGACGUUGCUACGAUCGGGCAUGUGGCCGAGGUCACUGGCGGAGAGACCUUCUUCUAUCCUAACUUCCAUUCCCCGCGGGACAUUCUGAAAAUCUCGAAGGAGCUGGCGCAUUCAGUCACUCGCGAAACCGGGUACCAGGCUUUGAUGAAAGUCCGUUGCUCGAACGGCCUUCAAGUUUCAGCGUACCACGGAAACUUUGUGCAGCAUACGUUUGGAGCGGAUCUCGAGAUUGGGGCCAUCGAUGCAGACAAGGCUAUUGGAGUUCUGUUCAGCUAUGAUGGCAAGCUAGACACCAAGUUGGAUGCACAUUUCCAGGCAGCAUUGUUGUACACCUCAGCCAAUGGCCAGCGCCGGGUGCGGUGUAUCAACUCGGUAGCGGCGGUCAACGAAGGGGGACUGGAGACGAUGAAGUUUGUGGAUCAGGAUGCGGUGGUGAGCAUUAUAGCUAAGGAGGCGGCCAGCAAGACAUUGGACAAACCGCUCAAGGACAUUCGGGCUAGCAUUACGGAGAAGACCGUGGACAUCUUCAGCGGAUACCGUAAGAUCUUCUCGGGAUCGCAUCCUCCUGGACAGCUCGUGUUGCCGGAGAAUCUGAAGGAAUUCUCCAUGUACAUGUUGAGCUUGAUCAAGUCGAGAGCGUUCAAGGGUGGCCAGGAAUCGUCCGACAGGCGGAUUCAUGAUAUCCGCAUGCUGCGUUCGAUGGGAUGCACGGAGCUAUCAUUGUAUUUGUAUCCACGAAUCAUACCCAUCCACAAUAUGCAGCCGGAGGAUGGUUUUCCGAAUGAGCAGGGGCAACUGCAGGUGCCACCUGCACUCCGGGCCAGCUAUUCGAAGAUCGAAGAGGGUGGGGCGUACCUGGUGGAUAACGGCCAGAUGAUUCUGCUCUGGCUCCACGCACAGGUAUCACCUAAUCUGUUGGAGGAUCUGUUUGGACCGGGGCAGACGUCACUGCAAGGGCUCAAUCCACAGAUGUCUUCGUUACCCGUGCUGGAGACCCAUCUGAACGCGCAGGUGCGAAAUCUGCUGCAGUAUCUCUCGACCAUCCGUGGGUCGAAGGCAGUAACGAUUCAGCUGGCUCGGCAGGGCCUGGAUGGGGCAGAGUACGAAUUUGCGCGACUGUUGUUGGAGGAUCGCAACAACGAGGCGCAGAGCUAUGUGGACUGGCUGGUGCACAUCCACCGGCAAAUCAACCUAGAAUUGGCAGGGCACCGGAAGCGCGAGGAUACAGCCGGGGAGGGGACGUUGUCAAACCUGGCCGGGCUGCGGGCCCCAUAUUGGUGA